GGGGCGGCGGGCGCGGAGCAGCGCUGGGAUGGAGCCGCCGCGGGGCCCUCGGCCAGCUCAGCCCACCCGCCCCAUCCCUGCUGCUGCUGGACCAGGGCCAGCCGCCUUCCCCUGAGGCCAUCUGAAGGAAGCUGGCGACAGAAGCGUCUUUUUUAAGAUGACACGAACGGACCCACCUGACAUCCUGGUGUCUACGGUGUACCAAGACAUAAAGGUGGCCUCCGCAGCCCCCGGGGAUUCCAUUGUCCGCCAGCCCCUGGCGCGAUGUGACGCCUCCAUGUCCUCCUCCCUGCCCCGCGACCCGCAGCCCUUCAACAAACGCCACUGCCGGAGCUUCGACUUCCUCGAGUCGCUGGACGAGCCGCUGGGCGCUCCUCCAGCCAUGGAGCGGCCAUGCCCACAGCCCGGCAACCCCGAGCCCACCCCAGGGCCCCCAGGGCGGCGCGUGCCCCCCAAACCGGACCCGUACGGCAGCAGGGCCCCACCACCGGCCAGGGAUGCUCCGCGGGGCGAGCCGAAGCGGCGGGCCCGCUCCAAGAGCGCGCCGCGGAUGAAGCCCUCCUUCACGCCGGUGCCCAUCGCCGUCUCGGCAUCGCCACCCCCGGCCCGGCGCGGACGCGAAGCGCUGCGGGUGGAGCGGGGGCCGCCACGUGCCGAGCCGUCGCCGCGCCGCGAGAGCCACGUGCCGCUGCGAGCGUUGGCCAACGAGGUGCAUCCCAUCAAGCUGCAGCCGCAGCGCAGCAGCGUCAGCCGCAUCUCCCCGCUCUGCGUGGGCAGCAACUGCUUUGAGGAGGGGCCGGGCGCCAAGGUGGGUGCCAGCCCCCACGUCAAGUGCCGCGUGGACAUCAAACCGGAUGAGGCGGUGUUGGUGCACACCGCGCGCAGCCUGCGGGCCGCGCAGAGCCGGCCGGAGCCACCGCAAUGGCCCCGCGCCCCUGGGGCCGCCCGCAGCCUGGCAGUACCGGGCAGCAGGCAGGUGUCCAUGUCCCGCACACCCACCCCCAGCGACUCCUACAGCGGGGACCCCCCGCUCCUGCCCUACCCCGCUGAGUACUUUGAGGCGGAUCCACGGGCGCUGGCGUACCAGACGGUGCCGGUGCCGGCCUCACGGGAAUUCAGGGAGUACCCCGAGAGGGGCUGCAUGACCUUCUCGGCGGCCGGCGUCCCCACCAAGUUCUUCUAUGCGGAGGAGCCGGUGCGGUGCCCCAGCCCCGCCGUGCCGCUGCGGAGCGCGGGCUACGCCAGCUACCCCUACCCUGUGCGCCACGGCCCCCCGCAGCACUUCUACGUGGAGGACCCGGCCAGGGCGGGCGUGCAGACUGUGCCACCGCGGACGUUGUACGUGGAGGAGGCACGGGGCUUCCCCAUGCAGGAGGCACCUGCCCACGCCUUCUACAGAGAGGAGCCCCGUUUCUACACCCCGCGCAGCACCCCCGUCAAGGCCCUGUACGCAGAGGAUGCCCGGACAUACCCAGCACUCGGCUCCUCAGCCAGGGUCUUCUACGCUGAGGACUACGGGAAGUACCGUGAGCGGGAGGUGCUCUCUCGAACGUGCCCCCCUCCCCGUAGCACCCAGCCCUUGCACUUCAGCGACUGGUACUGCCCCGAGCGGAGUGCGCUGCCCUACCAGAGCUUGCAGGUGUCACGCUUUGCCCCACAGCCGGCCGGGCGCGAGGCCAUGCUCUCCUCCUGGCACGCCAGCUACAGCACAAACCCACCACGGCUGGGCCGGGACAGCCAGCACUACUCCAAGUCCUGGGAUAACAUCCUGGCACCGGCGGCACGCAGGGAGGAGGCCCUGCAGCGCGGGCGCAGCUACGAGAACCUGCUCGUCCAGGAGCAGCACCGUGCCUUAUCCCCUGACGAGCGCCGGCAGCCAGUGGUGAUCAACCUGUCGAGCUCGCCCAAGCGCUACGCUGCCCUGUCCCUGUCGGAGAGCUCCAUCCUCGAGCGGGUGCACAGCGACAGCGGCCGUGGCCCCCUGGGCCGUUCCUGGUACGUCACGCCAGAGAUCACCAUCACCGACAACGACAUCCGCGCCAAUGGGAUGGGCCGCAGUGAGCGGCGCUCGGCCAGCUGGGACGUGCUGGAUGCAGGACGGGAGCAGACGCCCUACGCUGCGCCCUACGCCCCGCAGCCUGUCCCCAAGGAGAGUGGCUCAGCGCGCCAGCGCAGCCUGGAGCAGCUGGAUGAGCUCAUCACCGAUCUCGUCAUCGACUACAAGCCGGCACCGGGCCACCGUGCAGGGGACAGAGACAGUUUGGCUGAGCAGCUCAAGAAGCUCCUGAGCAGCAGCGCGCCAGGACCACCUCGACGGGGUGAGGGGAGGAAGGUUCCCCCCAGCGUGCCUGAGAGUUUCCGGCCCACGAAGGAGCAGCCGGGUCCCAGCUCUUUUGGCGGCGCCCCGCGCCCACAGCCUUCCCCACCAGCCAGCAGCACCUUUGAGAAGCCUCUGGAGAACUGCUCGCCUGACCUGAGCGCGGAGGAGGAUGACAUGAUGAUGUGCUCCAAUGCCAGGUGCCGGCGGACGGAGACCAUGUUCAAUGCCUGCCUCUACUUCAAGUCGUGCCACAGCUGCUACACAUAUUACUGUUCCCGGCACUGCCGCCGCGAGGACUGGGACACGCACAAGGAGAGCUGCGUCUACGGCCGCGUGGGCAGCGUCUGCCGCCACGUGCUGCAGUUCUGCCGGGAGAACACCGAGGUGCACAAGGCCUUCUCGCGCAUCGCCAAGGUGGGUUACCUGUCCCGCGGCCGCGGUGUGCUCUUCCUGGGCUUCCCCAACUCGGGCUCGGCUGAGAACUUCCUGCAGUUCGGGCUGGAGAGCCUGCUGAUGUCCCCCACCUACCUGUCCCUGCGGGAGCUGGAGAGCUACUCGGACAACCUGGGGGAGUACGCCCGGGAGCUGCGGGAGACCGGCAACCAGUAUGACCCCGACGAAUGUUUCCUCUUGAAUGUAACCGUGGCCGUGGCUCAAAAAGUGCCCGAGAGGCCGUCUCCAAAGGUGCAGGUGCCGACGGUCAGAAAAUACGCCAAGGUGGCCUUAGCCUCCUCCAGCCCCGAGAAGAAGAUCCCAAAGAAGGAGAGGGAUAUGGAGACGUUGAUCCUGACACCGCCACCCGGCACGGCGGACAUCGACAAGGAGGGUGAGGAGGGCCGCAAGGCGCGGGAGGUUUGCUUCAUCAACAUCCAGCGGGAGCUGCGCAUCCGCGGCGUCUUCCUGCGGCACGAGUUCCCGGCCAUCUACGAGCAGCUCUGCGAUUUUGUGGAGAGCAACAAGCGCUUCACUCCCACCACCAUUUACCCCAUCGACAAAAGGACAGGCAAACAGUUCAUGUGCAUGAUCAUGGCCGCCUCCGAGCCCCGCACGCUGGACUGGGUGGCCAGCCCCAACCUCCUGGACGACAUCAUGUGAACGUGGCACUCGGACCCCAGCAGCCCCGCGGUCCCUCUGUAGAUAGGCGUUUUCCCGGCGGGGCGGUGGGAUGGGCACCCUCUGCUCCCCGGGGAGGAGGCCGAGGGUGGUGGGGGGGAUUACCGGAGCCGCCGGGUGCCGGGGCGCGGCGCCAGCAGCAUCCCGCGGGUCUCCACGUGCCGCACCGCAGCACCCCGCACCCCGCUCACACCCGGGGCCCGGCGCGGCGCAUCCCCCGGCCGGCACCCUCCCCUGGCGGGGCCCCGCAGAGCGCUGCUGGGCUACAGCAGAUGCUGCCUGGGGGACGGCGAGGCUCCGUGGGGCCGGGUGGGAGCGGGGCUGCGUCAGAUCUCUGUGCUGUGCAGUGCUGUGUCCUGAGUGUGGCACCGUGUGUGAGCCGCAGGGGCGGCCCAGAGCCGGGGCAGGGACAGGGCUGGGGGGGGACAGAGCAGGGACAGAGCCCGGCCCCGUGCCGGGCCCUACCUGGAGCAGGGCCCCGCCCUCCGACCGGCACCGCUGCCCCGUUCCGCGCGGCCGGUUGCAGCUCCGGUACCGCCGCGGGUCUCGGGGCUCGGGGCGCGGCCUGCCGCACCGCACCGCGGGACCGGCGC